UGGAAGUGGCUUGUGAAGUUUGUCCGCAAAAGCCUAAAGCUUGUCAAUCAGCACGCAGGACUAUUAUUCUUCAUACGGCGAGCCGCCUGGAUGCUUCUCCUGACCUUUGCCCUCUAGUUUGCUGAGGGGGAGUUGAAGAGUGAAGAACACAUGUUCACUGCAACCUAUCGGGACAAAAGCUACUAAAAGAACCUAGACGCUGCUGCUGCGACAGGACACAAGCUACAAGUAUACAGACCAGAGUCACGAGGGAAUUUCUCCACCAAGUGAAGCAGGAAAAAGGUCUGCAAGGAAAAAUGGAAGAGCAAGACCAUCCAUUAUUGGAAAAAGACCCUGCAGAGAAACAUCCGUACAGGAGGCGUGACUCAACCUAGGAUUCUACGUAUUGAUUCCAUGGAUGCUGAUAUUAAGCUUUGUGAUUGUUGUGUUGUUUACAAUAUAUCCAGAAUCAAUUGGAAUUGAUAAUAAAGCAAAGGAUUUGAUACCGAAGACAUCAUUAUCAAUCAAAUCAAGAGAAGUUCAAGAAGAUCGAUUGCUGACAUCAGACAUUGAUACCUCAAAAGGUAUCGUUGGAACUUUGAGAUUUGGUUAUGGCAACAGAGAACCACCUUGUGUGUAUUUAUUUUUUGAACAUUCUGCAGAAAUAAUGGUUCACAUAACAGUGGGACCAAAAAUGUAUUUUACACAGGCUCAAGGAACAUAUACACUAAAUAAUCAAUCAGGAAUAUGGGAAUGUCAUCCAGAUGAUUCCAUGUUUUGGUUUAUAACAAUCAAAGGUGAUGAACCAUCUCAAUGGACUGGGGACGUGACAAAUAACAUGUUAGAUACAGGAAGGAUUGGGAGGUCCAUGACAGAAAUUUGGUAUAAGACUAAGUCUUAUGGCAAACUUUUGGAUCCUUCUCUUCUUCCAAUCUCAGCUGGAGAUGGGGAUUGGACUCGUAGUUGGAACUUUCAGGUGGAAUGGAAUUGGCUAUAGUAAAAGUUUAUUUUGUAUUUACAGUAUCCAACUCAAUAGCACCUGAAGUUAGAGUCACUCCACACAGUUUUAGGAGUCAAGAAGACAUAAAUUCCAUAGAGCUACAGUGUGGAAUAAGAUUACCUCUACCUCUGGGAGCAUCAUUGGUUUGGUCUUUUGGAAAGGUGUCUUUGGGCAGCUUUACAAACAACCAAAUUCAUGUACUUCAUAAAAGUCAAAUUGGAAAUGUUUAUUGGAAUGGUACAAACUUUGGGUUUCAAUUAGAUAAUCCUACACGUAAAAACACUGGGAUAUAUGAAUGUUGUGUAUUAACUAGAGGACAUUACAAACAUUGUGACAGAGCAAAUGUUAGUAUUUGGUCUCUAGAAGAUCAUUUAUGCACUGGAAUUACAAUCAAACCAUCCAAUCCUUUUCAAAUUAAUUACUUUCAUUUCAAGCCAUUGUUGAGGAAUGGAUCAUUUGAAACCUUAGUCUGGACUUUUAACAUGACAGAUUGGAAGAUAUCCACAAGGUUUCCUCAAUGUGUAUCACACCUGACUAAUUUGGAAAUGGGACUUGCCCAAUGGUUUGGACAACAUCCGCUUAUCACUCAAAGAGACAAGAGAGGUGUGGUUGAGGGAAUCUUGGGGGGUGUUGGUACAAUAGGAAGCUUACUAAACACUAUGGACAUAAACACACUUAAAUCAGACUUGGGAUCCAUAGGAUACAUCGGUAGUAAGGGAGUAACAGUUCAGAAGGGCUUGAACCAAUUAUUGGAAAAAAUGGUUUUAAACACUUCUACUGUGAUAGGAUCAUCAGUGUCUCAUCUCCAAGAUGCAACAUUGGAAUUGAUAGAGAGUCAACAGGAAGUUCAGGUUUCUAGAGCAUGCUUGGAAAUACAAGUAGAGUAUUCUACUAAUCUGAAGAUGAUGGCACAGGCUUUACAGAGUGGCGUCACACCUCUGGGAUUGUUGAGAAGUCUUCCAGAAAAAUAUAGUUUUAGUCUAAAUCAUAUUGACUUGUGGAUAAAUAAAUGGUUGGGGUGUGAUAAGGAAGUCUGUAUUGCAUCGUGAAACUCUUCACAGAGGAUUGUAUUGCAUAAAAGGAGAAUUGAAAAAAUUGGAGAUAGAUGGGAGGGUAUUCAAUGUUUCCACCAUAGACACAGAACGUUUAAGAACACUACCAGUACACUUUAACCUUACACAAAUAGAUCAUUUUCCUUGGAAAACAUGGACUGAAGAAAUAAAGAAAGAUAAAGGGUUAUUGGCUAUUUUAAAACAACAGUUAAAAGAUUCAGAAAUUAUGUUUAUACAUCAACAGGGAGAACUAGAUCAGGUUCAUCAUCAAUGGAAUGAUAUGUCGGGAGUUAAUUGGUGGUCAAAUUUUAAGAAAUCUGUUAACUUAUGGUCAAAAUCUUCUGUACAAUCCAUUGCUGGGCAUGUAUUAUCUAAUCCAAUAGUUAUUAUUGCUAUUAUUGUUUUAUUAUGUAUUUUAUAUCAACUAUUUCUUAUGUUUAGGAUAAGUAAAUUAUAUAAACAAGUUAAGAAAGAAGUUAAUAAGGGAGAUGGAAUUUUAAGGGAAAUGAUAAAAAGAGCACAAUCUUCUCAUUCCAUUGUGAACAUAGAGAAGAAGGCAUCUCAUGUCAAAGAUUACCAUAUGGUCCCAGGGACAGUGUGAUGUGAUAGAGGAUGACUGUGAUACGAAUGGAGAGUAAAUGUUAAAGUUUGAAUGUUAUGAUAAGGAUAUUAAUCCUAUCAUCAGGGGGAAAUGUAAUAUCAUAAUUAACAUAAUUAACAAAACUUACUUACCCCUAACAUAAGACCAUAUGUAAUCAUUGAUAAGAGAUCACUUUGUAUCUUAUAUAUACUGAAGGUUAGUGAAAGUCAAGAGGGCUGUCAUGUAACCACGUGUAGUGCUCCAAAUAUACAACUUAGUGGUGUCAGCUAUAUUCUAUAGUUAGUCACUGGCUAGGGAAACAACCUAAGACCAUAUUUGUAGGUUUGCCGCAUUACCACAUAAGCUGAAAUAGAAUCUAUACAUUUAAGGACUUGUUAUGUAUCCAAUGAGGCCUAAGCUACUAGUAUAUAAGAAGGCCAUUAGAACCUAGUGGGGAGGUUAACACGAGGAGGAUAACACAAGGAAGAACAACAACAUUCCCUCUGCCGGCCUCACAACUCACACUAUCUCUCCUACACAUGAAGGAAUGCUCAAGGACCAGGAGAUAUGAACUUUUCUAUCUUCAAUCAUUUUAUGUAAGGAACUCUUUCUUUGUACAUUAUUUACUCCAUGCCUGUAUUUAACCUUUUUGGUGUGAAUUAAAUAUACUCUUGGA